ACGAAUCAACUAACUUGUAAUGCACGUAUCCUAGAACUUAGUGAAUCAUCACUACGCGUUGGACUCUCUGGAAAUGCAGAACCUUGUAAUGAGUUUUGUAUGGCUUCUGGAGUCGUCAAUUCGUCUAUAGUAUUAUCACCUUCUUCAAAAACCUACUUAUUUCCUCUGGAUCCCAAGGAAGUGAUGUAUGACACUGAUGUUAUCAAGCCUUAUGUUUAUGAUAGUUCUACUCAAACCUACAAAGGUGCUUUUCAUGAAAAAAAACCAAAGUCUUACUAUAUUGUAAUAAAUUAUUGCCCAGUGGAAGACGAGGAUGCUUUGAAAAAUGCAAUUGUCCACUCAAUGAAACCUAGAGCCGUGAGUCCUUCCUCUGCAUCGACUUUGUCAACAUUACCCCUUUUGCUUCCUGAAUCUGCAAAGACUGAUCGAAACUUACGUAACUGUUUAGCAAGUAUACUCUUUUCAUCGCUUGAAUGUGAGGGUAUCUUUUUCAGCAAGCAACCUGUUCUGGCCACUUAUGGUUGUGGGCAAACAUCCGCGCUUGUAUGGGAUUCGGGAUAUAGUCGUACAACAUCAUCGGUCGUUUUACAAGGGUACACCUUACAGUCCACAAUUAUUGAAACUCCUAUUGGAGGAUGUUUCUUUAAUAAAGAAAUUUUAUCGUUAUUUCAAGACAAACAAGUUGUUUACCCAUUCUACGCUUACUCAAAAAAACCUACAAUGAAGCCUUUCCGUGAAACUUUUAUUACACAAUCCUAUUGGGAUUGGAGUUUAGAGUGUAUGGUGGAAGACAUAAAGCGUCAAUUAUCUUUCAAUAGAAGUGAAAACGAUUUCGUUAAAUCAAAAAACGGCAUAUCGUAUCAGCUACCUGAUAAUACUUUCAUUGAUACGAGUCAACUAUCUCACGUGCUUGAUCCCUUAGUUUCUGGAAAUCAUCAAGAGACUUGUGAAAAUUUAUUGUCUGAAAUGAGUUCAGAUGGGAAACUAAAUACGAAAGACUGGAGCUGUUCUUGUAUGAUGCUAGAAUCAUUAAAUCGAGCUAACAAGGAAAAAACCUCAAAAGUGAAAUCGCACUUGAAUUCAAUAGUUGUUACGGGAGGAAAUACAAUGUUUUCAGGCUUCUUUUCAAAGUUUCAAAAAGAAGUGCAUACACAGCUUGAAAGCUAUUCAAAUUUGAAAAUUCUUUAUCCACCUCAAAAACAUCUUCGACGUCAUACAGUUUUCAUAGGAAGUUCUAUUCUGACAUGUCUAGCAAGUUUUCAAGAUUUUCUUGUGACUCGCAGUGAAUAUGAGGAGCACGGAGAUACAAUUUUUGACAAGAAAUGUCCCUAAU